GAUUCGCGAACGGACAGGAGUCAUGUUGAAGUUUCGUUUUGCGUUUCUCCGUGACAAAUAUGUCCUAAGUAAUUAAACAACAAUGUCCGAAAUACUGAUGAAAGAAAUGGAGAGUAUAUCGAUCAGUCCAAUGAAGGUAGCCUUAGAGGGGCGUCCAGACGGUGCCCCGAGCUUCCUGCUGGUGGAUGAACAAGAAAACCUGCAGGUCCGCAGUGAGUCUGAGUUUGUGGACAGACUCGGCUGCGGGGAGGUGGCAGGAGUCAAGGUCCUCUCCAUCUUUGGCAACACUGGCGAUGGCAAGUCCCACACCCUCAACCACAUCCUAUUCGGUGGCAAGAGUGUGUUCUACACCUCCAAGUCCCCCAGCUCCUGUACGGUGGGGGUGUGGGCCGCGUAUGACCCCAGUCUUAGCCUGGUCGCCCUGGAUACUGAGGGCCUAUUGGGGGCUGCAGCCAAUCAGAACCAGAGAAUGCGACUGCUACUAAAGGUAUUGGCAGUGUCUGAUAUAGUAGUCUAUCGUACAAGGGCAGAGCGCCUCCACAAUGACAUGUUCCUGUUCCUGAGUAGCGCCUCGGGGGCCUACCUGAAGCACUUCACCCCAGAACUAAGGGCCCUCUCCAGUCGCUGUGGUCUGGAUGUGCCCCUCUCCUCUCUUGGGCCUGCUGUUAUCGUCUUCCAGGAGACAACGCACACCCAGUUGCUCGGUCAUGAUUCUGUGGCCGGCCAUGCUGACACACUGCUCCAGAAGCGCUUUCACGACCUGGGCUUGGGGACAGAGGCCUUCAGCUCGGUGCAGUAUGUAGGUACCCAGACCAUCACGCCUCCCACUGACUACAACAGGCUGCUGGAAGCCGUCAGGCAGCAAGUGAAGAACACUCACACACGCUCUCCCCGCCAGCCUGGGAUAGUGUUUCAAGCUCUGGAAGCCCUAAGUGAGCGUUUCUGUGGAGAACUGUCGGACGACAAGAUGACCCUGUACUCCUUCUUCCCAGACGAGUACUUCACCUGCUCUGCUACCUGCCUCAGCUGCAACAUUCGCUGUAAAAAUGGAAUGAACCAUAUGAGAGACAGGGUCCCCCACAUGGCAGAUGGACUGUGCCAGUAUGCACACCAGUACAACAACAAAGUCCUUAUCUGUAAGCGGUGCUAUGAAGGAGGCAGAGAGGUGAUUGUUGUGCCCAAGACGUCUGCUUCCAGUGACAACCCAUGGUUUGGACUGGCCAAGUACGCCUGGUCAGGCUAUGUGUUGGAGUGUGUUAGCUGUGGUGUAAUAUACCGCAGCAGACAGUACUGGAUGGGAAACCAGGACCCCGAGAGCAGCGUGGUACGAUCUGAGGUCAAGCAUGUCUGGGAGGGGUCGGACACCUUUUUGACCACCCACCAAAACGCUGCCCAGAGGGUCCUGGAUGGAAUGAACUACGUGAUCCAGUCAGUGUCGGAGUACAGCACGGGCCCCACCAAAGCUGUCACUGCCUGGCUCACCGACCAGGUGGCGCCGCCAUACUGGAGACCCAACACAGAGAUCACAGCUUGUCACGGCUGUCAGAAGGUGUUCAUGGAGGCGGAGAGGAAGCACCACUGCCGAUCGUGUGGUGAGGGUUUCUGCCAUCCCUGCUCCAGCCACAGGAUGCCGGUGCCAGAGAGAGGUUGGGGCAGCGGGCCUGUCAGGGUGUGCAUGGCCUGCUACCGACAGGGCGGGCCAGCUGACACUAACAGCCAGGUGUGUAAGGUGGAGCCUCGUGGUCUGAUAGCUCGCAGGGUGACGGAGGUGGCCCAGUCUACACUGGACAUGGUCACUACAGCUGUGGACUACCCUCUCUGUUUUGUGAAAGAUGUGGCUCGGCCAGACUACUGGGUGCCAGACCAGGACAUCACCCAGUGUCACAAGUGCUCCAAGACCUUCACUUCGGCAAUGUCCAAGCACCACUGCAGGGCCUGUGGACAGGGCGUGUGCGGCCCCUGCUCCACACACAUCAGGCCUGUGCCCUCCCGAGGCUGGGACCACCCGGUCAGAGUGUGUGACAGCUGCCACGCUCGCACGGAUAGUCUGUGAGCUUUUUCAACCGGGAGAACUUCUCAAAGCGCGCUCGUUCUUCCUCAGAUGGCCCACAGAAAACACUGUCAAUCCUGGCACUGCUGCUCCAAGAGAACACAGAGGAUCCAUCAUACAGCACUAAAUGGCAGAACUGGUUGGUUUUGCGUGAAAAGACAUGAUGUUUUGAAGCUUGGUAGCUCCGUGCUGACCUCGGAUCAGCUCUCCAUCUCAUCUGCCUUCCUUGACCAGCUGUUUUUGCAGCAGGUUUUAAGGUACCAAUCAAACUGCUCUAAAAACCAACUGGAAAGCUCGACAUGAUUUUAACUGACUUGAGGGAGUGUCUGAAAAUGAAGACAUGAGUCUUAAUUCUUAUUUUAACAGCAGAGCUCCUCACUGCACUGAAGUGUGGUCUUCCUUGUCCAUUUGUUUGUGUUUGCACAGCCUUGCAACACGCGGCCCAUUCUGAAUUUGAACAGUUUGUGAAGUUAAAAGGAUGCGCUGGGAAUAGCAGGAGAUUUUAAGAUUUAAGGGAUUUUGAAACCUCUCUGUUUCAGUAUCGAGCCAUUACAACAGCUUGUCUCUGUAAAGAGAUUGUGUGAGGUGAUUUGAGUUUUUAUCCUCCUCACGCUCUUCCAUUGAACCAUCUCUCUCCAUCUCUGGGGCGUGAAAAGUAGUUCCGACAUACGGAAAAAAGUGUUUGUGACCGUGCCACAACACAAGCUACAGCAGUGUGUGCCUUCAUGGGAAGCUUGAUUCCUAUUUCUAAAGCCCUUACAGUUUGCUUUUGGGCAGUCCUCCACAUGUGCAAGGAGUAAUGUGUGAUUAUUUGUGCCUAAUUACAGAGCAAUGCCAUUUACAGCCUCUGAUAUCUAACUCUUGCUGUUGUAUCUACAAUAUGGUGAAAUGGACAGGAAAAAGAAAUCAGUAGCACAACACAUUAUAGACAUUCCAAUGUAUGGGAAUACCUGUGUACUUUAGUAGAUUUACCUUUCUGAGGUUAUUAUAAAACGUGAGCACUCUCUUGAGCCGCUUUAGAAAGCUCUCUUGACGUAAUGAAUCCACCUGCUCUACACUGAGUUGUUCUAAUAUUUGAAAGGCUCUCAAGUCUUUUGCAAUGUAAAGUGCAGGUUAUAUACAUGUUGGUGAAAAUCACACUUUCUCUCAAAGGGGGUUUCUCUGCAUAACACACUGGAUGCAUUAAUGCCAUUUUUUGUCUCUAGAAAUAAUUCAGUUUUAACAAUGUUUCCCAGCAAAAUCUUGCAAUUGACAAUCUUUUUUUUUUUUUCUUUCAUAAAUCACUCGUCCAAAUAAAGAAAACAGGAAAUCUUGUGUCUCUACAUAUGUAUUCACUCUCUGCCUGUCUCUCCCCCUCUCUGUCUAUCUAAUCUUUCCUUUGUACCCAUUCAUGCUUUAUUUGCAUGAGUGGAUAUUAAACAUUGUUGCAAAUGUAAUUACAUGACAACACAAAGACUGUGGCAGUGAAAAAGAAGAGCAUAUGUGAAGCAAAUAAUAAUUAACCUCCGAAGUAAUCACAAACAGUAUCUGGUGGUGAGGCUGGAAUCUGCAGAUACUUACCCAGCAGGACACAUAUCAUCAUAUUUGGAGCAGGAGAGUAAAAAACCUUUGCUACUCCUGCUGCUCUGCGCCGUAAUCAACGAUACCUGUCUUUUGCUUUUCUUUAAACUGUCGACAUCAGGAUGUUUAGCUAAUUCUGUGAUGAGUUGUUUUUGUCUGAUCCUAUUUUCCCAGUACUCAUAAAAUUAUUUUUUACUGGCAGAGUACAUGUCUUUUGAGUUUUGUGGCUGCGGGUGGCAAAGAUGCCAUUUGUGCUCAUUCUGUUGUUUUUAUGUAAAAGCCUCAUAAAGUAAGAGUUUAACGGCUCUGUUUUCCACUUGAAGUAGCUGUAAAUACAUUCCUUUCAUUGUCGUAUGAUCAGAGAUUGAAACGUUUGAUCUAAAUUCUACUUGGCGCAGUAAUGUACGUAUAUAUUUUCUAGAUCUUUUCUUUCUCCUGUGCCUUAUCAGUCAGGCUCCGCGUGGCCGCUUGUGUUUAAACAAAGGUGGGUGUAGCUGAGGGUCUGUGAGUAUCUUUCUUUGAGCAAUCAAAUAACCAUCUCAUUUUCUUUUGUUGAUAAUCACCAGUCUAUGAACUGAUUCUCCAGCAAAUGUAGAUUUAGCUGCAGUCCUUGUGCCUUUUAUUUCUUGGUUCCUUAUAGUCAGUGGCAGUGCAGUGGCUGAGACUGCGUCUUUGCCUCAUGUCUGUCUAUUGCACUGUGUCUCCCUUAUAAGACACAUGUCUCUGGCCUCUAGCCAGUUCGCUCAAUCACCAAUGAGGCUACCGUUUACAGUAUAUCAGGUGACAUCUUUCCUAUAACCCGUUUCAAGGUUAUCAGACAUCCGUGGCCUCUGACGUCCAGUGCUCUAAUAGAUCACUGAAUCACAUCCAUGAAGCAGUGCUCAUUUCCUCCACAAACUAAUUAUGCAAAACCAAUUGCAUCCUCCCAGACUAUAUGUUUGUAAAUGUGGAGGCAACAGACAACAGAGGGCCAGGAAUAUCUGUGUAUAGACUGUAGAUUUUUUUAUGAUAUAGCGCACAUCACAGUAAUCGACUUUAAAUGAAGGGUGUAACAUAAGUUUGAAAUAAGCAUAAAAUGAUGCGGUUCUAUAAAUAUAGCAUCCUUUUAUUGGUUUUGGGCUUUGAGGUGAUCAGCCGUAGAUCAUUUUCUUCUUUUUAUUGGCUCACUCUCACUGCAGAGCAGCCACACUUUAAAGUUACUGUGCUGUAAAACUGAUUUGUGUGUGUGUGAAACUGUAGCUGUAGAAAGAGCGCACAUGCUGGAAAGGGUCGUUCGGUGUUGGUGUGGACAGGCAGAGGUUUUGACUGAGUGACUCUGGUGCUGCUACAGAUAAAUUACAUGGCCCCGUGUGUCUGCACUGUUAUUACUGUGUGUGUUCCCCCAAACCUCUGUGGAAAAAUCCAUCAUGAAACACUAGUUUGAACAAGACACAUUUAGUGAUGACAAACCCACCAGGUUCUUGAGUUGUUUCUACAGACACCUGGGACCUGAGCGUGCCUACUGGAACAGGUGGAAACUAGCACAUGAUGGGAUUGUUAUGUGUUCACUGUCUGUCAGAAUCCUGAGGAAGGUUUUGUCAUGUUGAUGUCAGAUAGUGGAGAGAUGCUGCAAGUAAUUUCUUCACACCUUUCAGUAACAUCGUGACCACUGAGUGAGGAGAUAGCAGUAAUGUUCAUAGCUUCUCUUCAAUACGGUCACAUAUACAUGUAUGCUUAAUGUAUGUGCUGGAGCUGUGGGUUUGGAGCA